AUGGUUGGACAACUUAGGUUUCUUUGUCCGCCCUGCCGGAUUUACCUCCAGAAAUAUGGCGAGUUGCGCCCGACACCUGAAAUGACGAUGAUUACGACAGCGACAGCUGCACCUGCAGGCUCCUUUCCAUCCAGACAUAGCCAAAUUCAAGUAAAUGGGACUGACACAGAGGAAGAGGCCCCUGGUGCAGAAAAUGGAUCAGAAAUUCAGGACUCCAAUAAAUGUAAGUUGUUUUAA